CAGGCAGGGUGGAGAGGCAACUAACUAACUGUUAAUUGAUAGCCCACUGCGUCGCCAACUAACCUUUUCCCAUAUUCCGCACUCAACCCAUUAAGUGCGAAAUCCACACCCGCGUCGCCGGAGGGGCGUGGGCGGGCUCGGAUGGGGCGCUUGCUUUGGGGCCACGCUGGAGGCUAAGACUCGGAUGCGGUCUAUGCACUUUGCGCACACAAACAACAACAGCGGCGGCAGAAGCAACAACAAAACAACACCACUGUCAAAGCAAACAAAUUCUGUUAUAGACGUCGACGUCGCGUUGUUGUUGCCAUUCCAUUUUGGACAGCACCUGCAAUUUCAGUUGUAGUUUCAGUUUUAGUUUUGGGUUCCUGGCGAGCGGACGCUCCAUUGGAUAGUUCCUACACAUACACAUACACAUAAAUUUUUGGUUGAUUUGCGAGAGAUGCUGAGAUCGAUAGUGGCCGUCAUCCGCUUGCACCUGGAGGAGCUAUGGCUCAGGAUCCUGGGGUACAUCAUGCGCCGGUUCCUGCGCUCGGCCAUGAUCGUCUUCAGCUGGUUCGUCGUCCCCUACAGCCGGUACACCAACAUCAAGGUGAUCCGGCGCAAGCUGCCGCCCAUCCGGAGCCACCUGCUCGAGAUUCCCGCCGUCGACCUGGCCAAACUGAUUCGCACCAGAAAGAUUAAAAGCGAAGAAGUCGUGGAAGCCUACAUCGAACGAUGUCGACAGGUGAAUCCCCUAAUAAAUGCCAUUGUGCAGGAUCGCUUUGAGGAGGCAUUGGAGGAGGCUCGUGAGAUAGACAACGUAAUAGCGAUGGGGAUCAACAGCGUGGAGUCGAUGGAGGAGCUGACCCCGUUGCUGGGCAUUCCGGUGACCGUCAAGGAGAGUAUUGCCGUCAAGGGCAUGACCAACCAGGCAGGUCGGGUCUUCAAGACGCCGCAGAUAGCCAAGUCGGAUGCGCCCGUGGUGGAGCAGAUUAAGCGCUCCGGCGGCAUCAUCCUGCUGGUGUCCAACACACCGGAGCUCUGCCUGCUGUGGGAGACGUACAACAACGUGACAGGUCAGACGAAGAAUCCGUACGACCUGAAGCGUACGCCGGGCGGAUCCUCGGGCGGCGAGGCGGCCCUCCUGGCCAGCGGUGCCUCCCUGCUAGGCCUCACCUCGGACAUAGGCGGCUCCUCGCGCCUGCCGGCCAUGUUCAGUGGCAUUUGGGGCCACAAGCCCACGCCGUAUGCGGUUUCCUUCAGAGGUCAUCACCCGACGAGUGACUUCCCCAAGUGGGGGGACUUCUUCACCAUCGCGCCGAUGACCCGCUACGCCAAGGAUCUGCCGCUGCUGCUCAAGUGCAUGAGUGAUCCCACGGGUCCCAAGCUAACACUGGACAGGCCGAUCAGUGUGAAUGGGAUCCGGUUCUUCUUCAUGGACAACGAUGGACCAUCGGGAAUGAUGCGACCGCUGAGCAGGGAUCUGCAUGCGGCCAUCAACCGCGUGGCCACCGAUUUCAAUGCCAAGCGAGUGAACAUCCGCAAGAUGAAGUGGUCGCUGGACAUCUCGCUGUCCGCCAUGCUUACCAUGAAGAACAUCGAGACCAUUUACCACAAGACGGAGGAGGGCGAGCAGCCCAAGACCGUGUGCAAGGAGACGGUGAAGUACUUCUUCGGAUGCUCGGACAGCAUCCUUCCGUCGGUGAUCUUUGGCCACCUGCAGAACUUCAUGAAGAUCAUCCCAAACUCGCGCCACAAGCACCUAGCCAGCAUCAUCGAGGCGCUCAAGACUGAAUUCAAGGAGAUGCUGGGCAACGACGGCGUCUUCCUCUACCCGACCUUUCCCAACACGGCGCACCAGCACUACCAGAUCUACCACAAGCUCCUGGAGCCCAUGUACAUGGCCAUUUUCAACACGCUUGGCCUGCCGGUGACCAACUGCAUGAUCGGUCUGGAUAGGCGCAACUUGCCCAUGGGCAUCCAGGUGGUGGCCAACCCGGGCCAAGAUCAUCUCAGCCUGGCGGUGGCCCGCGAAAUGGAGCGCCGCUACGGCGGUUGGGUGCGUCCUCCGUCCGAGGACAGCCACAGCAGCAGUGGGAGUAGCAAGCAGCGUGGCUAGGGAGCACUGACCGGAGGAUUGGCUUUAUCCUGUGUGUGAUUCAUUUGUACUUUGUUCUGUUAUUAGCUAAUUGUACACUGUCGAGCAGUUAGAGAAUUUCAGAGAGACUUUAAAUUGAUUUAGACAAAUCACUGUUAUCAGCCGGAGUUGGCUGACUGGUAGAAAGGAAUCCCUAGAGCAGCCUCUACACUUUAUUAGCAUUUUAUUCGACCACACAUCACACCACUAAAUGUUCGGGACCUUCGAAAUUAGUAAUCCCUCAAUCGCGAGUCAUUACCCAUUGUAUUAAAUUAUUGUGAAAAACUCCCCUGAGCUGUACAUCGUAAUCGUAUUAUCUUUACCUAUAUGUAAAUAUUCGUCUAGCAUCUAAGUGUUAGGUUUAUGUCGCGUCCGGCAAAGAUCGAUAAAUAUAACCAGUAUGUGUAUGCACAUAUGUACGUUUUGUAGCAUCUCGUUUGAGCAACUUGAAAACUUUACAACUUUUGCAAAGAACCAAAUUCGUUGAAUAAAUACGUAACAGAAAAAAUAUUAACCGAAAUUUCAACUUCUGUGGCGCAACUUCUGUGGCCGCCGAAAAGCAGUUGGCCUCCACUUAGAAGCCAUCGAGGGAGGUCCGAGUUCGAGUCCGACUCCGACUCCAAGUCCGCGAGUACUUAAAAUUGGGCCCACCUGAGUGGUGGACCCGAAGACAAAGUAAAACAAGUAUUAGACGGCUGCUAGAGACAAUACACGCUUGGAUACGUGUACCACUUAAUAAAUGGUUCCACUUCGCUGCCCGGCUUAGAGAAUCUUACUACAGUCGUACCUGUUUUUGGUGAAUUUUAGUACUGCUGAUUGGAAUAACAGAUUUCAUAUAGGUAAAACUCGACGAGGGGUAAUGUUGUAUUAUGUUGCAAUAUAAUUUAAUAUAUUUGUUUUCAAUUUUUCAAAUGAAACUUGACAUUGAUAGUAGGUUACCUUUAUUAUUAUUAAAAACAGCAACUUACCUCUCCUUAAAAAUGAAAUGCAAAAAGGCAUCAAAUGUAAGUUCCUCCCAUCGAGGAGCGACUGUAGUGCUACCUACUUACCCAGAGACUGGGAAAUCUAAUCUAAUAGCCUUAAUCGUGCGCAUGCGCGCAGUUUUCCCAGCCAGCUGCCUUUUAGUGAGUUUAGUGAGUGUCCAAUGCACUUUUGUCAUUCGAGUUGCCGAAUUUUGGGCACAUUUUAUUGGCCCGACUGGGCAAAUUUGGAGUUGGACUGGGGGUUUGUUAUUUUUCUAUUGCAAAAAUGUGUUUUCGCUUGCGUGUGUAAGUGGUUAGUUUUUGGCUUUUGGAGUAGCCCAAGGUUGCGCCAAUACGGCUUGCGCAAUUCCGCUGCCGAACGUGGUAUUUGGCCAAAAAACUCGGAGGUAACUCAGAUUCUUGCCCAAGAAUGUGGCGGUCGCUGUGUUUCAAAUUGUUUUCUGGCCAAUGCCAGGCGGGAAAAUUGAAGCUACCAGUAUUGCCUCGAAAUUGGGUGAAAACAUUUUGAAUUGCUUACAGCGGAAAAGUGCAAGCGGCGUGACGAAAACUGUGGAAAUCUUGUCUUCUGUGGAAGUCGUGGUCCGACUACCUGUCAGGGAAUUACUGGAAGGCAAAGCCUCUCUUUCUUUUCUCCCCUGGAAGGGAAAGGCACUCUACCUGAGAUACCUGUGCACUCCAGAGAGCCGAAACUUUUUCGAAAUCCAGCGAAACUGGAGUGAGAGGCAUUCCAAGAAGAUGUGAGAAGGCCAUGCUGGUAGAAGAAAUAAUUCCGAAAUUUCGGACUAUACUAAUUAACUAUAAAUAUAUACAUAUGUAAGUGAACUGGUAUUACUACACUGUUCUUAUGCUAUUUUUCAGUCAAAUUAAAAACUUUUUCAAAAAUACCCCGAUAUGAUGCGGAGUUACGCGAGUUCUUAAGCAAUUCUCUGUAGUUCGAAUAAAGUACUUUGGCCAAGUCUAAGCUUCCAAGUUCGUAACAACAAUGUUGAGCCGUUUAAGGGGGCCAUUAAUCCAAAAAACUACAAAAUCCGUCCCUGAUUAAACACUCGAACGGUUAUCAAUUUUAGUGGCCUGCCUUGUGCGCCGAAAUCUACGACCUCAGCACAAAUUCGGAUUGGAGAGAUAUAACUGCAAAUGUACGUUUGCAGAGAGGGAGAGCGGAAAUAUCAUUCCAGUCGCCAGCAUUCCAGGCCAUGCUGACCAACCGUAUUCCGGCUUUGAGUCGGAACGGAGCGUUCAUUUGAAAACUGAACGUAGAAGCGAGCGGUUGUGUUCGUUCCACGGCCUGUGCUUCACUGUAGUCCCAGUCCAAGCUUGACUGUACUUAGAA